AUUGAUUGAUAAUGUUUGCUUUAAUUUUGAUUUUAAGUAAUUAUUAACUUAAUUCACUACAAUACUGUGUAAAUAUUCUAUAACUCAGAUGCUUACCGGCUGGACCAUCCUUCAAGUGACGAGCUGCGAUAUUCAGGUUCUAAAAUGGAAGAUAUGAAUCAGGAAGACGAAUUACCUCAGGAACCUGAAGAUGAGUUCUGUUUUGAAACAGAUCACCUCGCGCUGCGCGGCAACAGCGACUACGGCAAACUGCUCAAGUACAUUGUCAAGUUGGAAGCACAGAAAGUUACUGCCCUAAAAGAUGUGGAAGACUUGGCCGAAGCACAGAAUAGAGCUCUAGAAGACCCUCUUCAAUUUGUUCAAGAUCUACAACAAAGCAAAGUUAACUUUCCACCAAGGCAGUCCAUCGCAGACUUGCCCAAAAUUGACUGGGACCAAUAUGGUAUUGACUCGACUCUGGAAACAGAAGAUCUUGGUGAUAUCAAACGUAGUGAUGACAGUUUUGAUUCAACCACAAAAGUGAGGGGUCGGGUAUUUACCGAUAACAAACCUGAAACAUUUAAUCAGCUCUGGUCUUGUGCAGAACAAAAGCGACUAGAAGAAUUACUAGUAGAGUAUCCAGAAGAACCUAUUGAAGCUCGGAGGUAUAAAAAGAUAGCUAAAGCACUUGGCACACGGACCCCGGCUCAAGUCAUGAGCAGAAUACAGAAGUACUUUGCCAAAUUAGCAAAAGCAGGACUCCCUAUACCAGGCAGAAUUCCUAAAGGUCUUUUGACCAAAGAUAGAAGUAGAUCAAGUAUUUUCUACAAGAAAUCUACAUUUUUCCCACAGUUACAUGUCCCAGUUAGGAUGGAGGAUCCCUACGACAGCAGCGGCGAGGUGUGUGAGAGCAAAUCCUCCAUGGAAUCAAAGAGUGGAGAGAGAGCCAUGUUGGAGUUAUUGAAAGCCGCCAAAGAACAAAGACUACUUGAUGAGAAAUCACCCGUGUGGCAGACAAAAACGAUGUGUGUGGGUUGUCAAAAAACUAAAUUUCUUGGUGCAAGAUGGACUGAUAAUGCUGGCACCGACUACUGUACAGACUGUGUUGUGAAAUUACUGCCAUCAGAGAAACUAAUUCCUGUUAGAUAUCAAUAAAUACUUAUAAAAUAAA